GUACGAGUCAGAGCCUGGAGUUUUGGGCCAGACCGCGGGGAGGAACUGGGGCGCAGGUGACUGCGCGGUUAUGAGAUGUGCACACAGGAGGCUCUCCAGGCGCAGAGGAGCCAGCUGGUGGAGCUGCUGGUCUCGGGGUCCCUGGAGGGCUUCGAGAGCAUCCUGGACUGGCUGCUUUCCUGGGAAGUCCUCUCCUGGGAAGACUACGAGGGCCUCAGCCUCCUGGGCCAACCCCUCUCCCAGUUGGCCAGGCGCCUCCUGGACACUGUCUGGAAUAAGGGUGCUUGGGGCUGUGAACAGCUCAUUGCAGCUGUCCGGGAGGCCCAGACCGGCUGUCAGGCUCCGGAGCUUUCCUGCCGCUGGGAUCCCCACUCACCCCACCCAGCGCAUGACCUGCAGAGUCACCGGCCCGCCAUCGUCAGGAGACUCUACAGCCACGUGGAGGGCGUGCUGGACCUGGCACAGGAGCGGGGUUUCAUCAGCCGGUAUGAAUGUGAUGAAAUCAGGCUGCCUGUUUUCACGUCAUCCCAGCGGGCAAGAAGGCUGCUGGAUCUUGCGACCGUGAAGGCGAAUGGGUUGGCCGCCUUCCUUCUACGACAUGUUCAGGAAUUGCCAGUCCCGGUGGCCCUGCCUUUCAGUGAUGCCGCGUGUGAGAAGUACAUGUCCAAGCUGAGGACCACGCUAUCUGCUCAGUCUCGUUUCCUGAGCACCUAUGAUGGGGCAGACAAUCUUUGCCUGGAGGAAGUGUACACAGAGAAUGUUCUGGAAAUCCGGACAGAGCUGGGUGUGGCCGGCCCCCCACCGAAAAGCCCCGCCACCCUGGGCCUGGAGGAACUCUUCAGCACCUGUGGCCACCUCAACGACGACGCUGACACCGUGCUGGUGGUGGGCGAGGCGGGCAGCGGCAAGAGCACUUUGCUGCAGCGGGUGCACUUGCUGUGGGCCACGGGGCGCCACUUCCGGGAAUUCCUCUUCGUCUUCCCAUUCAGCUGCCGGCAGCUGCAGUGUGUGGCAAAGCCGCUGUCCGUGCAGACGCUGCUCUUUGAACACUGCUGUUGGCCCGACGUCGGCCGCCAGGACGUCUUCCAGUUCCUCCUUGACCACCCCAACCGCGUCCUCUUAACCUUCGACGGCUUCGACGAGUUCAGGUUCAGGUUCACGGAUCGUGGCGAGCGCCACUGCUCUCCGACCGACCCCACGUCGGUCCAGAAUCUGCUGUUCAACCUACUGCAGGGCAACCUGCUGAAGAACGCCCGCAAGGUGUUGACCAGCCGUCCGGACGCGGUGUCGGCUUUCCUCAGGAAGUACCUGCGCAUGGAACUCAACCUGAAGGGCUUCUCGGAAGAGGGCAUCGAACUGUACCUGAGGAAGCGCCACCGCGAGCCGGGGGUGGCCGACCGCCUCAUCCGCAUGCUCCGAGCGACCUCAGCCCUGCACGGCUUGUGCCACCUUCCCGUCAUCACGUGGAUGGUGUCCAAAUGCCACCAGGAACUGUUGCUGCAGGGCGGGGGGUCCCCAAGGACCACCACGGAUAUGUACCUGCUGAUCGUGCAGCAUUUUCUGCUGCGCGCCUCCCCGCCCGAUGCGGCCCCCCGCAGCCCGGGGUCCGGGCUGCUUCGAGGCAGGCUCCCCGCCCUUCUGCACCUCGGCUGGCUGGCCCUCUGGGGCCUGGGCAUGUGCUGCUACGUGUUCUCCUCCGGGCAGCUCCAGGCGGCACACGUCGACGGCGACGACGUCUCUCUAGGCUUCCUGGUGCGCGCCAAGAGCGUCGCGCCCGGGAGCGUCGCCCCCCUGGAAUUCCUGCACAUCACCUUCCAGUGCUUCUUCGCCGCCUUCUACCUCGUGCUCAGCGCCGACGUGCCACCGUCCUCGCUCAGACGCCUCUUCCGCUGUCACACGCCGGGCGGCUCGCUCCUGGCCAGGCUGCUGCCCGCGGCGUGCGUGCGGCGCCCGGGGCGCGAGGAGGGCGGCGUGGCGGCGUUGCUCCAGGAGGCCGAGCCGCACAACCUCCAGAUCACGGCGGCCUUCCUGGCGGGGCUGCUGUCCCGGGAGCACAGGGGCCUGCUGGCCGAGGGCCAGGCGUCUGAGAAGGCCCUGCUCCGGCGCCGGGUCUGCGCCCGGUGGUGUCUGUCGCGCAGCCUCCACAAGCACUUUCACGCCAUCCCCCCGGCCGUGCCCGGGGAGGCCAAGAGCAUGCACGCCAUGCCCGGGUUCGUCUGGCUCAGCCGGAGCCUGUACGAGAUGCAGGAGGAGCGACUGGCGCGGGAGGCCGUGCGAGGCCUGAAGGUCGGGCACCUCAAGCUGACCUUUUGCGGCGUGGGCCCCGCGGAAUGUGCCGCCCUGGCGUUUGUGCUGCGGCACCUGCGGCGGCCCGUGGCCCUGCAGCUGGACCACAACUCUGUAGGUGACGUUGGUGUGGAGCAGCUGCUGCCUUGUCUCGACGUGUGCAAGGCUCUUUACUUGCGAGAUAACAAUAUCUCAGACCGAGGCAUCUGUAAGCUCGUCGAACAUGCUCUUCACUGUGAGCAGCUGCAGAAGUUAGCUCUCUUCAACAACAAACUGACCGAUGGCUGUGCACACUCCGUGGCGAGGCUCCUUGCGUGCAGGCAGAACUUCUUGGCUUUGAGGCUGGGCAAUAACCACAUCACUGCCUCGGGAGCCCAGGUGCUGGCUGAGGGGCUCAGAGCCAACGCCUCCUUGCAGUUCUUGGGGUUCUGGGGCAACAAGGUGGGUGACGAAGGGGCCCAGGCCUUGGCUGAAGCCUUGGGUGAUCACCAGAGCUUGAGGUGGCUCAGCCUGGUGGGAAACAACAUCGGCAGUGUGGGGGCUCAAGCCUUAGCCUUAAUGUUGGAAAAGAACGUGACACUGGAAGAACUCUGCCUAGAGGAGAACCAUCUCCAGGAUGAAGGUGUGUGUUCUCUUGCCAAGGGACUUCAGAGGAAUUCAAGUUUGAAAGUCCUAAAGCUGUCCAACAACCACAUCACCUACCUUGGAGCUGAAGUCCUUCUGCAGGCCCUGGAAAGGAAUGAUACCAUCCUGGAAGUCUGGCUCCGAGGCAACACUCUCUCUCCAGAGGAGACUGAGAGGCUCAGCCAGAGGGACACCAGACUCUUGCUCUGAAGCCCGGAGGCCAACGUUCAUCUCAGUUUGUUUGUGAACAGACCGUGGGUUUGGAUCCCAGAAGCUGGAUUCCAUCUGGCAGCAGUCCAUUCACCCAGAGCCGAGUCCUGCCCGGGACAAGCACAAUAGGUCACCUUUGUUCUGGCAGAAGAAGGAGCAACCGUGCCCUUUAGAGUAACUCUUCUGCAGCCUGUUUUGCAUCCCGUUCUUCCCAAGAGUCGAUCUGUGGAAUGUAGAAGAGGAGCAGCUCCCCGCCGCCUCUGGCUGAUCCGACGUGGGUCAGUGGGGCCUAUGGAGGUUACUGCGUGCCUGGUGCUGUAGAGACCUGGACCCACAGGAGCGGCCCCCCUUCCCACCUGCCUCACAGUGAGGAGGGGGGAUUCAGGGAGCAGCUUUCUGCCAUGUUUUAACUCACGGGUUGUCGCCCAUCCAGAAGUUCCCCACAUCUGGUCCCACCCCCCAUCCUGGAUCCCUGCACGUGGCACUUCCUAUGAGGGUAAAGUUUCAGAAUAUAGGUGUUCUCAGCUUUGGUAUUUAUAGCCUCCCCCCCCCCCCCCAAACAAGCCCAGGGUGGGAAGGGCUGCAAUUCACCUGCUCUCCUUCCUGAUACUUAACACAUGAUCGAAAGGGGACACAUGACAGCCGUUCAUUCCCUAAGAUGGGCUAGAUUUUCCAAAAAAUAAGACGACACUACGGCAAAUAUCACACGCACAAUUUUUUUUUUUUUUUUUUUUUCAGCGAAGUCAAUUACUCUUCAGUUAAGCCUUUGGAAACAACUCCCCACCCAAAUGCAGCUUUUUAGAAUCAGAAUUUUGAAUAGUCCCACCAGGUCUCUGGUUGAUGCCUGUGAGUUGUGACAGCAGACCCCCGACAUGGUUCAGUGUUACGUGAUACAGAGUUAUGGAUCAAAAGUUUACAGGGGCGAAAUCAAAGACUUUUCCUUAUAAGGCAGAUGUUUUUCUGGAUUUUUCAAAAUGAUGCAUUGUUGAAGCCUCCUUAAACCAUCAGGUGCUGGUCCAAGUGUUAUUACUUAAACGUUACUUUUUGUGCAAACUGGUUACUAUUUAUAAACCACUUGGUUU